GUUCAAUAACACAGGCCGAUCUUCAGGAAGUGCACCGUGCAGGUUUGCGUUGCCAGGAGAGGAGAAGCGAGCUAGAGGCUGCCGCAGAGCUCGAUACCGCUUUAUUUCUCCCGUCUGAAAUCCGGCAUAAUUACACAUUUCUAAAGGAGUUUUCAUGCUUUUGCGACAACAAGGACAUAAUACAGGGUGGUCGAGGUAUGACACUGACCAGGGGCUCCUUCACUUACUCAACUGGAGAAGAGUACAGUGGUGAAUGGAAGGAAGGCAAGAGACAUGGAGUAGGGCAGCUGAAGUUCUCUGACGGCACUUGUUACAAGGGUCACUUCGAGAACGGCCUGUUUCAUGGCUCUGGGAUCUUAAUGUUCCCUGAUGGAUCCAGGUAUGAAGGUGAAUUUGCCCAAGGAAAAUUCCAAGGUGUUGGAGUUUUUAGCAGAUUUGAUGGUAUGAAGUUUGAAGGAGAAUUCAAAAAUGGUCGUGUGGAAGGACAUGGCUUACUGACAUUUCCGGAUGGUUCCCAUGGUAUUCCACGGAAUGAGGGGGUCUUUUCUGACAACAAGCUACUGAAGCGGGAGAAGAGCCAGGCGGUGGUGCAGAGGGCCCGGAGCUCAGCCUGCACUGCACGCAGUCUCUCUGUAUGAUCAACACACAAAUGAUCUGAUAAUCACCAUGCUGCUGCUCUCAGAUCAGCUUCUCAAACUCCACUCCUACUGCAGAGGUAAACAUAGAGAACUGAGGAUCUGCACAUAGAGCUCUUUUUCAUGUGGGCGUUGAAGCAGACCCUCAGGAGUGGAUAACAGGGUUUCUUUUCCCUCUGUCUCCUUUUUUUCAGUGCUGGUCUGCAUCUGAUGCCUCUAGCUUAGAAUAUAUUAAUAUAUAUGUAUGUAUGUAUGUAUAUAUAAACUGUGUGCAAAAUUUAUUAUUAAUGCAUCAGUGUGAACUAUUUCAUCUUGAAUAAUGGAGAAACCAAAGUCACCAUCUACAACAUGGGGCUAUUGAGUGUUGGAAAUGAGGAGUUUGUGUGUAACAGUGAGAUUAUUUGCCUUUGUGAGACUGAUUGUGCAUCUUCUUUAUUAUUUAUCUAUUUAUUUAACAUGAUAUUUAAAUGUUAUUUCAGGCACUUUUUAUUUAGGUAGAAACAAUCUGACUUGAAUAUAAAUUCACUUAAAUGUAUAUGAAAAUGUAAUAUUUGUAUAUACCUCAUAAAAAAAAAGACACUGGAUAUCCAGUAUUGAUGUUCGAGUUCAUUCUAAGCCUAUACAUGCAGUGGACAUAUUUUGAGUACAAAGCCAGUGAUGUGCUCUUAAUUAAAAUCAGGCAGUCUGGACAAUGAAGAGCGCCACACAGGUGAUCCUCCUGGCUGUGUGCGUUCUAACCAGUAUGUUUUAUUUUUCUUCAUGCACUUUGUGUAAUAUGUUCUGAUACAUGUGAGGCUCGAAAGUUGAAGUCAGGCUAGACUGACUAAUUAUGGUACCUGCACUGUAAAAGCAUGUAUUUGAUCUUUUUUUUUAUUCCAAAUGGUUAUGAGGAGGACUGGAAACGCUUCAUCUCUAUCUUCAUAAUAGUAUUCAUUCAGUAAUGGUGUGCGUCUUCUAAGGACAACAUAACCAUGGAUGUGGCUGUAGUCCAUUGAUCUGUAUGUCAGAGGAGUAUUCUACUUGUCACUCAGUUUGUGUAAUGAUUCUAUUUUUAUCAUCCACGUAAUGACUGCCGGAUAUUGAGUAAACGGAUCCGAAACCCGCGGUUAGGCAGGGGGAGGAACAAAAACUAGAUAUUAAAAAUAGUGAUGGACACUAUCUUCUCUGCCUUAAGGGAAACUACACCUAUUCUUAAUACCGACAAGGUAUUAGUGUUAUGGCUUUACACUGAUAUAGUAGAUGCCUAAAUAUUAACUAUACAGCUGAAAAAAAUAUAACUGAUACACAACACAAUUUUAAAUAAUACAUUUCUUGUUUUUUUUUUGUUUGUUUAGCUAACUGUAGUUACACUGUUUUACCAUGUGCAAUGUUUUCAAAAAGAGCUGUACAAACUUAAUUUGUCUAUUUUCCGAUACCAAAAUGUGUACUAACUUCAGUAUUUGCUUGAAAAGUUUGGAAAGAAUGAAAAU